AUGGCCGCGGGCAGCCGGUGGCUCCGGAGCUGCUGCUCCCUCCUCAGACAAAGCUUCCCUGUUCUGGCCAGUAUCAGGAGACGCUGCCUCUCAGGCGUGAACGGACGAUGGCACCAAGUGGUGGGCGUGGGGCUGGGAGCGGCCUUGUGUGCAGUCCCAGUCGUGGAGAAACAAAACUCGGUUUCUCUCAGUAACGAUGCCUUGAUUAAAAGAGCGGUUUCCUUGGUAACAGACAGUACUUCAACACUCCUCUCUCAAACAACAUACGCAUUGAUUGAAGCAUUGACAGAGUAUACAAAGGCAGUUUAUACACUGGUGUCUCUCUACAAGCAAUACGCAAAUCUUCUUGGGAAAAUGAAUUCAGAAGAGGUGGAUGCAGUCUGGCAGGUGGUAAUAGGAGCCAGAGUUGAUAUGACAACAAAACAACAGGAAUACCUAAGGUUGGAAUCCAGCUGGAUGACGGCGUUACGUCUUUCAGAGAUGGCAGCAGAAGCUGCAUAUCAGUCAGGUGCAGACCAAGCCUCAGUGACAGCCCGCAGCCACAUUCAGCUGGUGAAAUCACAGGUGCAAGAAGUGCGACAGCUAUCCCAGAAAGCAGAGACCAAGUUAGCUGAAGCUCAAACAGAAGAGCUCAUAAAGGCUCAAGGAGAGGAAUCUUCAUUGCCACAGGGUAUUUUAGGAAAUACAGAGCCAGGCGAGGACCCUUACCUUCGGGAGGACUGAAAAGAACUUGAGUGUUACCAUAGAAUACGUGAGAGUCAAUCGCAAAUUGAAGGGUCCCAAACUUUUCAGUGGGGGAUAGUGGGAAACUGGUGAAAUAGGCCUAUGAUUCCUUUUUUUCCCUAAACAGGAUUGCUUUACAAAUCAAGUCAAUUCCAAGUAUCUGAAAGGCCUCGAUCUUGUUUGUAACUUAACUAUGUUUGUAAUACUUACGGAUUCAAUUAUUUAAAUGUUUAACUAUGCAAAUGUGAAAACUGCUAUCAAGGAUAGCUUGGUGUUUAAUUGUCCCUCUGCUGGGAGGGUCCUACCGCUCGUUUGAUAUGUUGGUGAGAGCUCUCUUAACUUAGAGGCUAACUCGGUAUCAGCCAAAGAAUUGUAUUUAAAAGUCAUUCUUUUUUAACCUGUGAAGUAAAUGAUGUCUGUCUGUUAGGAGAUACCUUUAUUAAACUGUG